GUUGGUUUAACCUUUUUUCUAUGGAGUAUUUUAGGCAGCGUUCAUUGUUUAUGCUACACUGUAGUGGCCGUGGAGGAUGGGCGAUAUAUAACAACAACACGAAGUGGACGAGUGGCAAGUCAUCCAUCCCCUACCUUAUAAAAAAAACAAACGCUCCCUYGAUCAAGCUUUGAUCAAUUAGUUUUCAUUCAUAAACACGGAAAAAACGUUCUACUCAUAUUCGUUCCAAAUGUUCCAGCAMAUUUUAAUUCCUAUCUUUAUACUAUGGUUCUAUUAAACAGUCUCAGCAGUAUAAAACGCGUGCUAUGGUUUGUACUUGCCCAUAUAUCCGAUACAAACUGUUUUCUCGCUUUACGUUGGUUUCCAUUUAACACUCCUUGUUAUAAUUUACGAAACAAAAGAAAACUUAAGGUGUCUGAGUUCAACACGAAAUGUUUAAAAACGUAACGUUAGUAAUUGUGAAGUCCAGUGUAUCGCAAAUUACCUCAGUUAUGUUAAUGUACUGUCCUUAAACCAAACAUUUUUCMAAAAGGGUUUUUAAUGUUCAUUCGUGAUCAUACUACUCGCCUCUUUUGUUAGGUUGUGGUUAGAAACGGUAACAGUCCUUAGGGCAUGUUACGUCAUGGCUGAGUGUAUCGCAAUCAUUGCAAUUAAAGAAACCAUUGUUUUUCUAAGUCAACAUUCAUAACAUAUUAGCGUACAAAACAAGCGUGUGAUUUGAAAGAAAAUGACAAUAAUGAUAAACAGCUUUCAAAAUUGCAUGGUACUUCAUUGCUAUUUUCAGUUUCAUCUCACUUUUUCAUUUCCGCUUAUUCGUUUUCUUUUUGUCACGGUUGUUAUGGCAGAUUAUACCUUAUUGAGUAGGGAGCACAACAAAAGGAAAAUAACAACCGUACAAAAACACGCCAGCAACAAAUAUAAAUACAAAGAUACUAAAAAAACACACACACAAUCGGAAGCACACUGGCAAAACAAUAUGAAAAAUUGGAGAACGACAKAACGGAAUUUACGCAAAAACGAUCGUAGAGUGAACUAUUCUAAAUAAACUACAUUAAAUGUUCUUAAAUAUCCUCAUUAUUGAUUCUGUUUAUAUCACAAACAAUUUUGUGUUCAGCGUGCGUUGUUAAGGCAAAAGACSUUAGCAACCCACAGUAAAGAUACCAGAAACACUUGCACGCCCACGAGGAAUAACGUUAUUACUUUGUAUAUGACAUCCAUCAGUUACUUGCCUUGAAAUCAAGAUUCGAACCAAACAUAAGAUACCUGAAAACAAAUAAAACAAAAUUAAUUCAUUUAGUAGCGGUGUCGGACCACCGUUUUCUUUUGUUUGCUUUGCGCAAAAGGUAAGACUUCUUAUUCUCAUUCCGCGUUUCGAAGAGCUUAUAGACAUGCGUAGAUAGCUUAAGGUUUUUUCUUUUCAUCCACCCACAAGUAUUUCCUACUAAAGAGCAACUUCAUUCGAGCAGAUUAUGCGGUUUUCUCUUCAAAACGCGCGACGGAUGUUCACAGAAACGUGCCGAGAGAUUCGACCAGAGCUGAUAGUAUGUUGACAGCCAAGAAUGUGGAUCAAUGUGAGCCGUGUGUUUUGAUUGGUUAAUGCAUUAAUUAACGUCAAAGGACGUCAAUCACCUAGAGAAUAGUUUGUAUUGAUUUUACAGUUGAACAGCCAUAAUUGCACGUUUGCAAAUGGUUCGUCCUUUUCGAGGGUUUUUACGUUCUGUUGAUCCUCCAUGUCACGGCCGAAGUGCUCGAUCAAUUUACACAAAUCGAACAGCAAAACUCUGUGAGCUGUUUCGGGUCUAAAUUUCAAUAAUGAGGAGAAGUGAAAUCCCUCGGGACAUGGUAGCUCAUGACGACGAGGACACAUCCAAAGCCUGUAACAACUGCGAAGAUGCGUGUCCUGGUUUUAGUGCCCAUUAUUGGAGGAAAAUUUGCCGUAACUGCAAGUGUCCACGGGAAGAUCACAACAUCAUUGGCGAAGAUGCAAAGGCUGGUAGAAAUAUUUAUAUGGCAGAUGUGCAUCGGGCAUCAAGCUUAGCUAGUGAUGAUGACAGUGGAUGUGCAUUAGAUGAAUAUGCUUGGGUGCCACCAGGUCUAAACCCUGAGCAGGCUCAUCUGUACAUGAGUUCACUGUCAGAAGAAAAGAUUCCUUAUGUUGAUAGUAUAGGAGAAAAAUAUCGCAACCGACAAAUAAUCCUGCAGUUACCACCACAUGAUAAUGAGGCAAGAUUCUGUAAUGGCCUUAGUGAAGAUGAAAAAAGAGAGCUGCGUUUUUUUGUGGCAUUACGAAAGCGUGAUGCUCUAGGAAGAGGAAUAGUGAAACAAAUACCAGAUAUGUCUGAUGGAUAUACAUGCAAGGAGUGUGGUGAUCACAUAGGAGCUGGCUCUAUGGCUGUGUUUGCUGCAAGGGCUGGUCAGCAUACAUGCUGGCAUGCUUCCUGUUUUAUUUGUACAACAUGUAGAGAGCUAUUGGUGGAUUUGAUCUACUUCUACAAGGAUUCUAAGGUCUACUGUGGCAGACAUCAUGCAGAAUCACUUAAGCCUAGAUGUUCUGCUUGUGAUGAGAUUAUCUUUGCUGAACAGUGUACAGAAGCUGAAGACUUAUGCUGGCAUGUACAACAUUUCAGUUGCUUUGAAUGUGACAGCCCACUUGGUGGAAUGCGUUAUGUUAUGAGAGACAAUCGACCAUUUUGUUGUCACUGUUUUGAAAGUCUUUAUGCUGAGUUUUGUGACUCGUGUGGAGAGCCUAUUGAACCAGAUGCUAGUCAAAUGGCACACAAUGGACAGCAUUGGCAUGCUAAUACACAAUGCUUUAGCUGUUAUACCUGUGGGAAACCUCUACUUGGUUUACCAUUUUUACCAAAGAGUGGGGAAAUUUAUUGUUCCCCUGAGUGCAGCCACGGAAUACAUCCUAUUGGAUUAGUAGAGGUCCCAUCUCGUACACAGCAAAGGGGAAAUUCUCCCCAAUGCACAAUACCUGAGUCAUAUACUUCAGAUCUAGAACAUACAGAUUCAGAAAUUCCUAUUUCUAAUGGUGAUCCUGUGGUAAACAACUUCAAAGUCAAGGAAACUGCUUCUGCUUUUACUCAUCAUCAUAACAGUCCAUUUACUUCACCUAAGCAAAAGACUAUUAUCUCGUCAACCAUAGAAAACAAUAGAUUAUCAGGCACCAUGUUUGGAAUUAUUGAAACGCCAUAUGGGAAAGAUGUGUUUGACAGUGUUAGUGUUCAGGAUGGUGAAUGUGAGAGGCAGUUUUAUGUUAAAAGUGAUGAAGGAAGAAGUUCUGGUGUUGCAUCUUCAGAAAAUGGAUCACACAGUCAUGCCAGUGAUAACAUGACUCAGCCAUACAGAGUAAUGGAUUAUGAAUAUCGUGAAGGAGAUCACCAUGAAUAUAUCAAAGCUACUCCUGUUGAGGAUGUAGAAAGUAGGGACAGUAAUUACGGAACAAUUGAAAGUAGGGACAGUAAUUAUGGAACUGAAUCAUCAUCUGUAAUUGAUGAUAUGCAAAGGACAUCAAGUCAAAAUUCAUCUAACUUAAAAGUAAAAUCAAACAGUUCAUCAAAGAAGCCAAAUUUAAUUAAGGAAAAGCCGAUUCUUAAACAUUAUUAUGUCAUGUCAGAUGAGGAAGGUGGCGAGUAUGGAUAUAAUAGUCGAAAUAAUUCUUACAGGGAUAGUAUAUUACAAAGACCAAUUUCAAGAUCUCUCGAGUGCUUACCAAUUAGAACUACUCCUGAUAACUCUUUUGUGAGGAAUCACAGACUAACUGCUUCAACUACUAGGGUUGUUGGUCGCAGGGAACAGAACCAAAAGAACUUAAACAAUCCUAAAUCUACUCACCGAGCAAGAUCAUCAAGUCAAACUUCACGAGCAUCUAGAGAUUCUCAACAAAAGGAGGUCCCAAAAAAACCAUUAAAGUUGCCUUGGGAAGAUCCCUUUGCAAAUCCUGUUGAAAAGAGUAAACAAGUGCGACCAAUCAGAAGACCACGCAUUGCAUAUGUGGACCCCUUAGACAUGAAGCCCAGAGCUCAAAUGAACAGUACUAUAAAAAAGCAAAACAAGGCCAAAAAUUGUAGAGUACAGUAAUAACCAUUUUUAUAUUAUUGAUUGUUUGCAAUAGUGCAUUUACCAUUAAACAGCUAUUUCAGAAAAUGUUUAAUACUGAAUACUGAUACAAGAUAGUGUAUUUCAAGACUGUAAUGAAUUGUUGGUGAUUCAUGGCCACUCAAAAUGGAGUUUUCUUAGUAUACCAGCUCCAAAAAGUCAAGAAUUUWAAAGGAAAGCAAUUAAGUAUAAAAUUAUCAUUUUGUAACUCUAAUAGGGAAAAGCAGUGCACUCUUGGAAUGUGCAAUACAGUAUCAUAGUAUUCAGUGUUUUCUGAAAUUGCUGCAUCAGAUUUUCAGUUACAAAGGUGACACUGUUCACCCAAGAAAGUGCAUGCUAUAUAUCUGUGAACCAGAACUUGAUAUAGUCCAAAUGUACRAUUUUUUACAAAGUGUUGAAUAGUGUUAGUGUAGGACAGUGCAAAGAUCAAUAGUCAGAUAAUAGUCAGCUGCAUUUGUAUUUGUUAAAUUAAACAUUGCAGCUGCUUCACGGAUAUAUGGCAUGGACAGUCUCUGAUAUUCAAAUAAUUUAUAAAUUGGUAGCUUUUAUUUAGAUUUCAAUUAGAGAAUAAAGAUUAUGAAAAUGUGGAUCUUAUCUAGCAAAAAAGUAACAUACUAACUGCCUGCUCAAAUGUUGUCAAACUCACCUAUAAAUUGUUUCUUGUCAUUGCUAGCAUUAACUUCAGUUUAAUUGAAGUGAUCAAAUCAUCAAGUCCUUUUUUUCUGAUUUUGUACUUGUCACUCUUAAGGGAGGGUUGUUGGCCUGAAGCGAGGGGUUAUGUGAUAUAUUCACCGAGGGCUCUUUCAUUUAACAUAAGAGAAGGAAAAUGCAAGCUUGUUAUCUUUGUGUGUCGUAUGUCUCCUUUUGGCUAAAAAUGAGAUUACAUUGUCUCUGCAGUUCCUUGAUGCUAUAUAUUUCCUUUAGUAUCAAAAAUUACCAGRGCUACAUUCUGAGAGUCAAAUAUUGAACUUACUUCAUGAUCUCUUUGUGAUUUGGUUAACUGGAAUUAAGGAAAGAUCUUUCAGAAAAGCUAUAAGAAAAGAAGAAUUUUCUGGUAAUUCGAGCAUGGCAUUUUUUAAACAUGGUUUAUAUGGGUAAAUGUAAUAUAGCAGCUCCAUUACUUUAUAAGUAAUUUCUUAUAGUUAACAUUUGUUAAUAUCUUAGUUCAUGUUACAAUAUUUUGAUCUUUGGGGGUAAAUAUAUAAAAAUCAAACAAUUACUAAGCUUAAAUACUUUAUGAUCAAACUAUAGCCAUGUUAGCAGCUGUAAUAUAGCAAUAAUUACUGUACUUUAUGAUAAGUAUGCCUUAAAUAAAUCCAUUUAUAAAAUUGAUUUUAUAUUGCUCUA